AUGAAGCGGUCGGGAAGCCGAUUGAAUGACAUCUCCCCCGCCAUGGGAGACGCCAAACGUACUGACGAGCAGCGCCGGCGCGUGGCCGGCUGGACACCGGUCGUCAAGACGCUGGGUGAUCAGCGUCUUCGCGUUGCCAUUGUCGGUCGCAUGAAUAGCGGAAAGUCGUCGCUCUUUAAUCUGCUCUGCCAGGACCCCACGAUGCCGGCGAAGAAGAACAUUGUGAAGGACUUCAACGGCAUCACACGCGACUGCGUGGAGGCCCACGCCGUGCUGAACGACCUGCACUUCACCAUCAUCGACACACCUGGACUCGUUGGUGGCAAGUUGGUCGAGGAGGCAUUUCGCACCGUCGAGACGGCCGACGCCGCAAUCUUCGUCACGGCCGUGGAUGAGGACGUGUCUACGGAGGAGCACGACUUAAUCCAGUACCUGGCCGCCAAGAAGCUACCAGCGUGCCUGCUGGUCAACAAAAUGGACCUCGUGCCGGAGGAGGAUGAGGCGCUCGUGCUGGACGUGUACAACCACCUCGGCCUCGGCAACGCUAUUCCAUUCUCAGCGCGCAAACGGGAGGGACUCGACAUGCUGUCAGCCCUGCUCGAGCCACUCUAUCACAUCCACGCCAUGCGCAAAGUGGAGAACGACUGGGAUAUCGAAGAUCUCGCCAUGAGCGGCGACGAGGCGGCCAUGGAGGAGAUUCGGGAUCGCAACUGCACCGAGCAGUACAUUCGCGUGGCCAUCGUCGGUCGAACGAAUAGCGGCAAGACAAGCCUUGUGAACCGUCUUCUCGGCUACGAGCGGAACCGCGCCGCUGACGCAACAAACACGACCCGCGACCCCAUCGAAAUCCCCUGCACCUAUAAAGGGAAGAAGCUGAAGCUGAUCGACACAGCCGGGCUGGCGCGCCAGCGGUACCGUACUGACCGUGAGUUCCUCAGUUGCAUCCACAACCUCUCGUUAAAGGAGAUUCGCUACGCGCACGUGGUGAUUGUGGUGUUCGACGCCACAGAGGGCCAUCCGAACAAGUACGACAUGUCCAUCCUGCACACGGUCGCGCAAGAGGGCCGCCCGUUUGUGCUGUGCGCAAACAAGUGGGAUGCGGUGCUCGACCAAAGCGCAACCGCCGAGGCCAUCGACUUCAAGAUCAAGCGGCAGGUCCAGGAGGUGAAGUAUAGCAGUGCUGUAGUCGUCUCCGCGCACACUGGCAUGAAUCUGACCUUGCUCAUGGACCAGGUGCUGGAGUUGUACGACACGUGGAAUAAGCGCGUGCGUCGUUCAGAGUUGACCAAGUUCUGGCGCAAGUUGGAGAAGUCCGUGAUCAUACCGUACCAUGUCGCACGGGUUGGACGCAUUACGCAGAUCAGCACCCGUCCACCCACCUUUCUCUUGCAGCUGCAAACAAAGAAGGAGGAGAACCAGUUGCCCAAGGCACUGCAGGAGAUGAUGAAGAACGCCAUCACCGAGGAAUUCGGCUUCCGUGGUGUGCCACUGCGGAUCGUGCAGGAGGUGAGGGACUCUAAUCCGGACUACAUCUGA